AUGAUUAAACAACAGCAACCGCAGCAACUUAAGGCGCAAAGCACCCAGGUCCUUCAGACCAUUACAUACGCCCCAUAUGCAUAUAAUUCAAAGACGGCAGAACAAACGCAAAGGUUGAAAUAUGGAGAUUUGGAGAUAGUAUUGAAAAAUGACCAUUUCGAAUUCGUUUGCAAAGGUGGUGCAAUGAUAUCAAAUAUAAAAGAAAUUUUAUUUAUGAAUUCAAAAAUUAAAGGAAUAACGGAUGAUAUAACAUCAAUUCCACCAGAAGAACAGAGAUAUUACGCAUUAAAUGCAUUUCCUAAAGUUUUGAAGAUUGGAAGAUUUAAUUUAAAUGAGGAAUUCAUAGAAGGUUUCCUAAACGACAUAAUGAAGAAAGCAGAUAAGGAAUAUGUGGAUAGUGAAUUAGAGAAGAAGGCAAAUUUGGUUUAUGUUGAUGAAAAAGAUAAUGAAAUUAAAGAAAAGGUUGAAUGGUAUCAUGAAUGGACAUUGGAGACUUUUAAAGUUAAAGCUGAUACAGAAUGGGUUUCAGGAUGUUUAGACCUUAAAGCAGAUAAAACUUAUGUUGAUGAAAAUUAUGCAAAGAAGUCGGAAGUAAAUGAUGUGAUUACAAGCAUGAAAAAUGAAAUACUUCAAACAUUAUAUCCUGUUGGUUCUAUUUAUACGUCAAUGAACUCAACAAAUCCAGAAACAGUUUUAGGUUUUGGUACGUGGAAGCAGAUUGUAGAUAAAUUCUUAUACUGUGCUAGAUAUUCAAAGCAAACAGGAGGUUCGAAGAAAAUUAAAGAAGCAAACCUUCCACCACACACUCAUACAGGAACUACAAACUUUUCUGGCGACCAUAGACACUCAUUAAGAGACCACCCAUUAUACAACUCAGACUAUGAAGCUGGCAAUGCCGUUUUAUCUCCAGCUUAUAACGAUUCAACAAAAAAGACUUUUCGACAAACUGAACCGGGAGGAAAUCAUUCACACACUUUCACAACAAAUCCAACGCGCUUGGGUAAAGAUUACAUGCCACCAUUUGUGACUGUAUUUGCAUGGUACCGCGUUCAAUGA